AUGUUGGCCCCCUCCAGUCUUCCACCGUUCGACUUCUCGACUGCUCUUACUGGCUUACUGCAACUCUCAAACACACUAGGCCCUGAAUGGUUGGCUUUCUACAUCAAGCUCAUACCAAUGGAGAUGCUCCGAACUGAAUUAUACUUUCUAUACAUCUUGCUCGUAGGUCGAGUCUAUCCUGGUGAUCUUUGGCAAAUAGUUGGGCUGCGUAUCGUGGAAGCGCAGAACGAGGAAUCCUUGCAAAGCACUAGUGGGGGCCACGAAAGGCGUGGGAUCGCAGAGCGAACCUUCAUGGAAGCGAAGUGGGCUCAAUGUCAGAUGGAAGUGCCUCUGUACAGUCAGGCUAUAGAACACAUUGAACAGCACUGGUCCAUUGCACUUCAACUCAAUCACGGCGUCGGGUCUUUCUCAGCGACCUCGAUUGUUGCACCUAUGAUCUGUUCGGUAGCUUUGCAAAAGAGAUGUAAAGGGUGGUUGAAGGGACUCGAACUAGACACCCCCAUCCCAGCUAAAGCACUUUCAAAGAUCAUAAAUGCAAAGAUUAAAAGGCCUCGCGCCCGAAAGGCUCUAGAUCUAUUCCUGCGGCCCUCAGUCACUCUGCUCUUGCGCUCCACGACAAACGAACAUCCCUUGUCAUUCAUUGGUCCCUCGAUCCCCCUGUUGAGUAUAUGGGUCACCCCUGACGUCCAAAAGGCCUUUGACGAGGCGCGCGGUGCGGAACUGACCAGUCAGGCAGGGCUAAUACCAGUAUACCUUGAUAUUAACAGUGAUCAUAUUCCCCAGCGCAAUAUGCUGUCGGAGGUACAUCUUCUGCAAGUGAACACGCGUCGCGCCCGAGCUGAGGUAGAAGUGUAUACACUGGCCAUUAAAAAUGCCUGUGCGCUCGAUGACUCUGAAAGCGAUACAUUUAUCCAAGAGGAAAUGUGUUAUUACGAUGCUCAAGAGACGAUACCUUGA